AAGAUAAAUGGACAACAGGUCGUCCAUAGUAGCAACUCCGGCGACCUUGAAAUUGAUUAAACUGCAACCCAACCUGUCGUCCCCUUUUCUGUUUUAAAAAAUGUCAACUUUGAUUGUUCCGCCACUGCUUUCAUCCCCUAGAGAUGAUGCAAUGCAUCUCUACCGUGCUUUUAAGGGAUUUGGAACUGACACAUCUGCCGUGAUCAGUAUCCUGGCUCAUCGAGAUGCAGCUCAGCGUGCUCUCAUCCAACAUGAGUACAGAGCUUUGUACGCUGAGGAUCUUCUUAAACGCUUGACUUCGGAGCUUACUGGCAAAUUGGAGACAGCAGUUCUGUUGUGGAUGCAUGAUCUACCUGGUCGUGAUGCAAUUAUUGUCAGGCAGGCACUUAUAGCAGAUAUAUUGAAUCUGGAAACUGCAACUGAAGUAAUUUGUUCUCGCACGUCAUCCCAGAUACAAGUAUUUAAACAGCAUUACUAUGCAAAAUUUGGGGUUCAUCUUGAGCAUGAUAUUGAAUUACGGGCAUCUGGAGACCAUAAAAAGCUCCUGCUAGCAUAUGUAAGCACGCCUCGUUAUGAAGGCCGUGAAGUUGACAGAAAUAUGGUUGAGAAGGAUGCAAAGGCUCUUUAUAAAGCAGGUGAGAAGAGAUUGGGAACUGAUGAGAUGACUUUCAUCCGCGUAUUCAGUGAACGAAGUGCAGCACAUUUGGCUGCUGUUGAUUCUGCCUAUCACAACAUGUAUGGAAACUCUCUGAAAAAGGCUAUAAAGAAGGAAACUUCAGGACAUUUUGAGCAUGCUUUGAAGACAAUUUUACAAUGCUCAGAGAAUCCGGCAAAGUACUUUGUCAAGUUGCUGCGCAAGGCGAUGAAAGGCCUGGGAACCAAUGACACUGCCCUUAUAAGGGUAAUUGUGACAAGGACUGAGAUUGACAUGCAAUAUAUAAAAGCUGAAUAUCUGAAGAAGUACAGAAAGACAUUGAACGAUGCCGUUCACUCAGAAACUUCAGGUCAUUACAGAGCUUUCCUUCUCGCUCUCUUGGGGCCCAACCAGUAGUUGAAGAUGCUUGGUGCUUGUACAAAUGACAGCAUGUAAAUGCAAUUUUAUGGACAUGAUUGGUGUGUGUACAAGAGAUUGCUGUUCUUAGAAUUGAGUAAAUACGAAGUUCAGACACGGUGCUGUAAAGAAGAUAGUAGUGUCUUGUGAUUGUAGUUUCUUUGUUCACUGUUGAUGUAUUCUUUGAUAUGUAUGCAUGUAUAUAUGGAUUUAUUAUAUCUAAGUUGGUUUUUUUUUUAAA